AUGAGUAAUAAUAAUAAUAAUAAUAAUAUUAAUGCGACGACAUCAACGACGACGACGACGUCUACGUCAACAUCUUCAACUCCACCAUCACCACCUUUACAAUCAACAUCAUCACAAAUACCAUUAACUCCCUCAAGUAGUAAUAAUAAUGGUAAACAAAGUGUCAGAAAGAAGAUUCAUACUUCACAUCGGUUAGAGAUGAAGAAAGCGUUGCCAAAUCGAAAUGAUCAUGAAAAGGCAACUCUACUAGCUGCCACCAAUAUAGAGAGAGGGUCUAGAAUGGUGAAAGAUCUCUUUACACACUUUGUAUUCUUUAUCAUCUUUUUGGUGAUCGUUGUACUCCAACGAAACUCUCCCUACGUCUACACGAUCAACAUGGCUCUCAAAAAUUCAUUCAUGUUUGAUGAAAUACCUACACUACCAUACCCCAAACCUUAUAUGGGUAUUAAUAAUGCCGAUGAUUUUAAAGCUUAUUUGACAGAACAAUUUGGACCGGUGGUGACAGAGAUGGGAAUGGAUAAUCCACAUGCGAUGAACAAGGUAAUUGGGAGUGUUGUUAGAUUGAGACAAUUGAGAGUGACCGAUCAUUCAUGUCCGACCUUUGGAUACGACCUACCUUGUUAUGCAGUUACCUAUGGUACACAUACUAGAGAGACUGAGCCUAUCAUAGGCACCAACGGAACCAACUAUUAUUUUACAAAAGAUUCACAUGGAUCACUUGUCUUUGGAUACAACCAAUACAUGUAUGACACUAGUGGAUACUAUGUCGAUAUUCCCAUCUCCAACCUAACCGAUGGUAUUCAACAACUAUACGACAAUGAUUUCUUUAGUGAAAAUACAAGAGCCGUCAUCAUCUCUUUUGUAACACUUAAUUUAAAUUAUGAAGCUAGAGCCACUGUUGUUUAUUUGUUGGCCGAAUGGACAGCAGCAGGAUCAGUUGACCCAUAUUAUACAAUGAGAACAUAUCGAAUUGAAAUGUAUAAUAAUGCAGAGGAUAGAUUCCGUGCAUUUCUCGAAAUUACAUUCCUCUUGUUCUUAACCUACUACCUUUACUUUUUCAUCAAUGAAGCUAGAAUCGAUUAUCAACUUGGUAGAUUCCGUUAUUUUAUUACUUCAUUUUGGAAUAUUUUAGAAGUUAUUAAUCUUGUUUUAUUUAUAGUUUCAGUUAUAUUAUAUUUAAUAUUUUUGGGAGAUAAUGAUAGAAGAACAGUAACUAUAUCAGGUGAAGAAUACCCAAAUGAUUUAGAGAUACUUGGUCAAACUGCACUUGUAUUUUAUCAAUUAUCUGCCAUCAAUAUCUUAUUGUUGGCAUUUAAAACAUUUAGAUUUUUAAUGUUACAUAGAAGAUUAUAUGCUCUAUGGAUUACAUUGGCACAUGCCAAAGUACAACUUAUCACAUUUACAACCAUGUUUAUUAUUAUGAUGAUUGGGUUCCUCAUGUCUGGUUGGUUGACAUUUGGUCAUGAAAUGGAUGACUAUAAUGGUUUCUUUAAUAGUUUGGGUACUUCUUUACAAUAUAUUAUUGGCAAUCCUCCAAGUUAUGCUGAUAUGCAAUAUACAAAUAGAGCUUUAGGUCCAAUUUAUAAUAUAUUAUUCACAAUAUUUAUGUUUUUCAUUUUGAUAAAUAUGUUUAUUGCUAUUAUUUCAAAUAGUUAUCAAGAGAUUGCAUCAUCACUUGACAAGAAACAAAAGAACAAACACAAGACCAUGUUGUCGAAAUGGCAAAGAUAUGGUCUAUCGAUUAAAUUCCUUUUUAGAAAGAAUAUCUAUUCAGUCUAUGAUAUCGUUAAAUUAUUAAUGGAAAAGAUUCCUGGUCUUUUUCAAGAAGUUAAUUUAUCAAGUCAAAGAGUUUAUGAUGAAAUUCAAGAUUUAAGAUUAGGAGUUAGAUAUGAUGAAGCUCAAUAUUAUACUGAUCUAUCAAUGAAAGUUUAUCAUGAAAGAAAGAAAUAUCUUCAAGAAAUUUUACAAGCCAAACAAAAUGCAAAGGUUACUAGUGGGGGUGAAUUUGAAUUAAAAUUAAUUGGUAGAAGUAAAAUAUUUAAAUCAUAUCAAAUGAGUGAAUGGUUGGAAGAACAGGAAAAGAAUCAAGUUAAAAUGGAAAAGGAGGAGAGAAGACGUCAAAAGGAAUUAAAAAAUUUGGAAUUACGUCAAAAGUUGGAUAGGCUGUUGACAUUGUUGGGUGAUUCAUCAGUUGUUAGUCAAAGUAUUAGUUUACAUAAUAGUGUAGUUCAACAACAACAACAACAACAACAACAAAAUAGUAAUAAUAAUAAUAAUCUAAAUAAUAGUAUUAUAAAUAGUAUAGCUACUACUUCAACUGCCAAUUUAAUUGCAACUACAUUGAUGGGUGAUAGUUCUGAUACUGAUAGUAAUCCAAGUGAUAGUGAUAGUCAAUAA